UGUGUGUGUGCCGUGUCGGGCUCCCCCCUUGCCCCCCUGUUUUCCCGUCGAGUGAUGCACUUGGAAUGAGAAUCAGAGGAUGGAAAUAGUCUGGGAGGUGCUUUUUCUUCUUCAAGCCAAUUUCAUCGUCUGCAUAUCAGCUCAACAGAAUUCACCAAAAAUCCAUGAAGGCUGGUGGGCGUACAAGGAGGUGGUCCAGGGAAGCUUUGUUCCAGUUCCUUCUUUCUGGGGAUUGGUGAACUCAGCUUGGAAUCUUUGCUCUGUGGGGAAACGGCAGUCGCCGGUCAACAUAGAGACCAGUCACAUGAUCUUCGACCCCUUUCUGACGCCCCUGCGCAUCAACACUGGGGGCAGGAAGGUCAGUGGGACCAUGUACAACACUGGAAGACAUGUGUCCCUGCGCCUGGACAAGGAGCACUUGGUUAACAUAUCAGGAGGACCCAUGACAUACAGCCACCGGCUGGAGGAGAUCCGACUACACUUUGGGAGUGAGGAUAGCCAAGGGUCGGAGCACCUUCUCAACGGACAAGCCUUCUCUGGGGAGGUGCAGCUUAUCCACUAUAACCAUGAGUUAUAUACAAAUGUCACAGAAGCUGCAAAGAGCCCUAAUGGAUUGGUGGUAGUUUCUAUAUUUAUAAAAGUUUCUGAUUCAUCAAACCCAUUUCUUAAUCGAAUGCUCAACAGAGAUACUAUCACAAGAAUAACAUAUAAAAAUGAUGCAUAUUUACUACAGGGACUUAAUAUAGAGGAACUAUAUCCAGAGACCUCUAGUUUCAUUACGUAUGAUGGGUCGAUGACUAUCCCACCCUGCUAUGAGACGGCAAGUUGGAUAAUAAUGAACAAACCCGUCUAUAUAACCAGGAUGCAGAUGCAUUCCUUACGGCUGCUCAGCCAGAACCAACCGUCUCAGAUCUUCCUGAGCAUGAGUGACAACUUCAGACCCGUGCAACCACUCAACAACCGCUGUAUCCGCACCAACAUCAACUUCAGUUUACAGGGGAAGGACUGUCCCAACAACCGAGCCCAGAAACUUCAGUAUAGAGUAAAUGAAUGGCUCCUCAAGUAGGGAACGAGACCAAGAAGAAUCUCAAGAAGAAAUACUACAACUUUGAAUUGAUGUAACCUAGAAUGCCCCCCUCUUUCUUCUCUCUCCCUCUCUCCCUCAAGCCUCAUUCACUCUUUGGAUUGGCCCUUUCUUCAUGAAAAGUAUCUGCAAAACCAUGGCAGAGGAACACAUCUCUUCCACACACUCAGACACACACACACACACACAGGGGCACACAUGCCAACAUAUCUACACAUAGACAAACUCACGUGGCCUCCAGGAUGGGAAGUCAAGUUUCAGAAAAUACAGGCUCGUUCAAAAGAGGUAUUAGAAGAAAACAACCAAUUAACCUGAUUACAAUUUUGAUAUUGUUUUCCUGAACUAAUAAAUCUACCCAAUGAGACUUUUCAGCCUUUGUACAUACAAAAUUCUUCCAAAAGAGAGAGAGGAGAAAACACAGCUCCGACAGCAUCAAGCGGACUUUGUUCUUGGCAUCAAGUUAUCUCGGGUGGUGUCCUAGGAUCCUCUGGUGACAGGUGAACCAGGAUAAAGUUGGCCAAGGACACUUAUUCUUCUGUUUACUCCCCCCAAAAAAAUAAAAAGAAAAGGACAGACCUUGAAGAGAUACACAUUGUAUAUAUAUCACUGCAGACUAUAAAGAAAUGGAAUUAUUUCCCCCUCUUCGUCACAUAUCUGUAGUAGGAUUUGCCAAGAUCAGAAUCGAUCCAUUCACUGUUUCUUGUUUUCCAAAGGUCAUACAUUGUGUUUGGUUAUUGUUAACAGCUCAAUAAAUGUGUUUAACGAGUUAAUUUCA